GCGUAGGUCUCUUAUUUUGGGUUGGGGAUGCAGGAGAAGCUUAGCGGUAAAGAAGGGGCUGUGAAGCAGACGACAUUUACCAUGGAGAUAUUCUUCCCCAAAAAGGAAAGGACGCCCCUGGGAUUCUGUGAUGGCCUGGAUAAGAUCUUCAUGGGCUUUGGGAACCAGGACGAGAGAGGCUGUCAUCCGCCCAAAUACCACACCAGCUAUGCACCUUAUUAUCCUAUCCACAAGGCUGCAAGCAUGGGCGACUUAGACACCGUGAAGAGCUUCGUCAAACGGGGAGUUUUUGUCAUGAACAAACAGAUUGGAAGUACAGAACUGCCCUGCAUUUUGCCUGUGUCUAUGGCCAUCCAGAGGUGGUGGCUUUCCUGGUGGAGAACAGCUGUGAGAUGAGUCCAAAGGACAUUAAAGAUGCCACACCUCUAAUUAAGGCUGCACAAUGCAGACAGACAGAAUGCCUUGAUAUUCUGCUGAAGUAUGGUGCUGAUCCAGAUGUUAUCGACUGCCGUGGCAACACCGCUCUGCACUAUGCUGUCUACAAUGGGGAUGUCAAAACAGCCGCAAAGCUGCUCGAAUACAGGGCAAACAUUGAAGCAAUAAACGAGAACAAGAUCACACCACUUUUGCUUGCUCUGAAACAAAACAAGGAGAAAAUGGCAGAAUUCUUAAUCAACAAGGGAGCCAACAACACAAAAACAUGUGACUUUCUGGGAAGAAGCACCCUUAUGUAUGCUGUAAGGUGUGGGUCAGAACUUAUCAUCAAGCUUCUUCUUCAAAGAGGUAUUGAUACCUUUAAGCAAGAUGCCUUUGGAUGGACAGCUAAACGUUAUGCUGUUGAAAGUAAAAGCAAAGUUAGGACACUACUUAUCGACUAUGAUGAAGAGGAACUGAGACAAACAUGUUUAGGUAAGAGUUCUGAUAGUGAAUUACUGGGAAAAUUGAAACUAAAUGUAAAUGGAAUUGCUGUUUUUCUUAACUUGUUUUCUAAGGGCUUGGAGAUCAGAAUCCUUUAA